AUGAAUAAUGUGUAUAAAUAUGAUGAGUUAUAUUCAUGUGUAUUAAAACCAUAUGAAAACAAUGGAUUUACCAAUUAUUAUUUAAAUAAUACAGAACAGUUAAUAAAAUGUUAUAAGUAUUUAAUUGGGUUCCAUAUUAUUUUAGAACUUUUGAUAAAACAUGGGGAAACGUUAAGUAAGGAAGCAUUAAAAGAUGACCAGAAUGAUUUGUAUAAAUGUGUAAACAAUCAAAAUAAAAAUAAUGUAAAUAGUAUCCAAAUUUAUAACAAUGAUGAUGAUAAUAAAAUAAUUGAUGACAAUUUUAGAAAUAGAAUAAAUAACCCUCAAAAAUGUAACAAUUCUUCUACAAGUGUGUAUAAUAUAUCUAAUGGUUGGUAUAAUAAUAGAAAUGAAAAUAAACUAACAAAAUACGAUACAGCAUAUCAUGAUAUAUCAUUUUAUAAUAACAAAAUUAUAAAUCGAGAAAUAAAUAAUUUUUCGAAAGAAGGAGAAAUUCAACUUUCGAAUGAUCAAGAUAAUGAUAAUAAUUAUAUUUUCAAAUAUAAAAAAAAUAUUAUUUAUAAUAAUGUAAAUAUUAAAAAUGGUAAAAGAAAGAGAGUUAUUAUUUUAAAUGAUUCAAAAAAAAAAAAAAAAAUAUCAAACAUGACAUUUAAUACAAUAGUAACAUAUAAAAAUGGAAAGAAAAAUGAAAAAAAAAAAAAAAAAUUUAUUCAUCCUAAUUUCCCAUUUUUUAUACAUGAAAUAAAAUCGAUUGUUACAUUUAAAAAUUUCCAAAAGAAUAUUUUCUUAUAUAAUAUAUUAAACGAUUUUAAAAAAGUGGUCUAUAUCAAAAAAAUGAUAAAAUAUCAAGAAUUUUCUUUUAUUUUGAAUAAAAAUAUAAAGUUAGUUAUUAUAUCAGAUGAAAUAAAUAAAUUUAGAAUGUUUAAGUGCAUUUUUGAAAUUAACAAAAUAUCGAAUAAAUUUAUUUUUUAUUUAAUAUAUAUAGACAAAAAUGUUUAUCAAUUUAUUAACUAUUUUUUAUCUAAAAAAUAUCUAAGGGUUAUAAAAAUUGGGACUAUUAAUAUAUCGAAUAAUAUAAUCACUGACAACAUUAAAUAUAAUAAAAAUAAGAAUGAGAAUUAUGCAAUCAUGAUAAUAAAUCCUUUUAAAUAUAAUUUGUUUGAAAAUUUUAUUCAAAUUUUUAGGAAAUUAAUUCAUAAUAUGAAAAAAAAAAAUUAUACUAGUAUUAAUAAAAUAAAACUAAUUAAGGAAGAAACAAUAAAAAUGGAAAAUAGUUGCAUAUCCUUUUCUUUUCCUUACAAAAUAAAUGAUAAAAUUAUAUCCAUUUUACGCCAUACUAUUUUUAAACUAAUAAAACGAUAUAUCAGUGCAAAAAAUAAAUUUCCAUUACCCCCCAAAAAUAAUAUAAGGCAUGUUAAAUAUAUUUAUAAACUUUUUUUAUUUUUCUUUUUUAACAUGUUUAAAAAAUGUAGUAACAUGUUUAAAGAAAUGAAAUUAAAGACAUUUUUAAAUAUAGAAGAAGAUAUUGAUCGUUAUAAAUUUUGUAGUCAAAAUAAAGAAACAAUUUUUAAUAUUAAGCAUAUUUUCCCAUAUAUUAACAAUUUUAAAUGUGAUAAAAAAUAUAAAAAAUUAUUAAAUAAGUUUGAACAUAAUUUAAAGCAUAUAAUAAAAUCUAAAAUAAAUUAUGAUAAAAAAAACUCUCCAAGAUGUUGUAGUAAUAUGAACGAUGGUGAUAAUAAAAAUUAUAAUUAUUCUAAUAAUAACUACUCGAAUAAUAAUAAUUCUAGAGAUGUAAAUAAUAAUAAUUUGGGAAAUUAUGAUGGUAAUAAAUUUUUCGGCAAUAGCAAUAAUGAUGGCAUGGACGCAGGAGGUACAGGAGGUGGAGGUGAUGAUAAUAGCAACAGUAACAAUAACAAUAAUAAUAAUAAUGGUAAUAACUAUUAUGAUUCAGAUGAAGAAGAUGAAAAAAGGAAAAAUGGAAAUAAAAAUAAUUUAGAGGAAAAAUUAAAAAACGGAAAUACAUAUAACAAUGAUAUGAAUAAUGGAGAUUAUAAUAAUAUGGAUGAUAAUAUAAAUAAAAAUAAUGAUAUGUUUGUAAAUAAUUUUUCAAAUAUGGAAAAUAAAGUAGAUGGGGGGUUUAAUAGAAACCCAUCAGCUUCGUUAAGCGAUAAAGGUGGAAUGAUGCCAGAAGAAAUAACAGAUAUGAAUAAUCAAAGUUUAAAUCAUAUUAAUUUUAUCAACAAUAAAAAUAUAAAAAAUAUGAUGAAUGCCAAUGGGAUGAUAUCACAUAGUGGGGGCAAUAUAGAAAUGAAUAAUAAUAGAAUUGGAAAUACAUCAUUAAAUCAAAUGAUGAAUUUAAAUAAUAAUAGUAAUGCAUAUAUUCCAUCUGAUUCAUUAAUGCAUGAUAUGAAACAACCAUCACAAUUGUUAAAAUCAAAACAAAAUUUAUAUAAUCUUGGAACUCAAAAUUCGAUCGAUAAUAAUAAAAAUGAUAAUAAUAAUAAUAAUAAAUUAAAUAAUCCUGCACAAGGUAAUAGAAAUAAUAGCAAUAAUAUAGUUCCUCCUAAUUUUAUGCAAAAUUCAUUACAUCAGCAAUUUCAAAUUCAACAACAAUUAAAUUUCCAACAAUUGUUACAUGAACAAAAUAUGCAUCAAUAUAAUAUGAUGCAAGGAAAUCAAAAUAAAUAUCCAAAUCAACCACAAUUACAAAAACAAGGAAAUAAUGCACCAUUAUUAAAUAUUCCACAAAUGGUUCCUAUGAAUCCAAAUGAUCAAAGAAAUGUUAUGGUUAGCCAAAAGAUUCCAAGAAAUCCAAUAACUUCUGUAAAUUCAACUGAAUCAGCAAAUAAUAGUCAAAGAAAUUCAACUACAGCUAUGAACCCAUCAUUAAUUUCUAACCAAUCUAAUCAUGUUAAUCAAGUUUCUAUGAAAUUUCCAUAUAAAGGAAAUAAUCCAUCUCAAAAUAUUAAUAAUUCUAAUAUUGGUAGUAUUAAUGGUCCACAUCAUAUUCAACAAGUACAGCAACAACAAUCUAUGCAACAUUUGCAACAAUCUCAAAGAAACAGCUUACAAACAAAUCCAGGUAAUAAAUCUAAUAUGCAACAUAAUAUGAUGCAAUUGCAUCCACAAAAUUCUCAAUAUAUGAUGCAAGGAAAAAAUACUAAUCCACAACAGUUAAUGCAACAACCUCAACAAAAUUUACAAAAAGUUCAACACCAAUUAUUUCAAUAUGCACAAGGUGUACAACAACAAAUGAUUCCACCUCAAAAGAAUAUGAAUCCUGCAUCUAUGAAUCCCGCAUCUAUGAAUCCUGCAUCUAUGAAUCCCGCAUCUAUGAAUCCUGCAUCUAUGAAUCCUGCAUCUAUGAAUCCACAAAUGAAUAGACAACAAAAUCAUAUGCCACCAAUGGGAGGAGGUAACACUGCAUCAACACCUCAUGGGUCGUUAAAUCAACAAAAUAUUCCACAAUUUAUGCACAAUAAUAAUAAUCCGGUACAUGUAUAUCAACCACAUAAUGCACCCUUUAUACAAAGGUCAUCAACAUCAGGACAGCCAAUUUCACAUCAACAAAUUCCUUUUGAGUGGAUGCAUAAUCCAUAUUUGCAACAACAAUAUCUUUUACAACAAUGUCAUUUAACACCUCAACAAUUAUAUAUUCAACAACAACAACAAAAGCAACAUAAUCUUUUACAACAAAAACAACAAACAAUGAUUCAACAUCAACAACAAGGUAUACCCUCGAUACUUCUGAAUCAACAGAAGCAAGGAGGAAUUCAGAUGCAUCAUAAUAAUUCACAACAACAACAGCAACUUUUGGCAAUCCAACAUAUGAAUUUUCCAUUUAAAGAAAAUGUGCCUGUAAAUUUUCAUCACCAAAUUUAUAAAGAUAAUAUAAUUGGAAUAAAUACAAAUUUCGAUUCAAUGCAAAAUUUAAAUGAAAUGCAAAGGAUAAACGACGAAAUGAUGAAAGGAAAGCUAUUAAGUGUAUCUAGCAAUAACAAUAAUAAUAAUAAUAAUAAUAAUAUUAAUAGUACUAGCAAUAGCAAUAGCAAUAGCAAUAACAAUAACAAUAAUAAUAAUAAUACUACUAUAGAAGGUGUAACAGAAGAUGAUAUAUUUGAUAGUAACUAUCAUUGUGAUAUAUGUAAUAAAGAUAUAACACAUACUAUUCGUAUACGUUGUGCAGAUUGUGUUGAUUUUGAUUUAUGUAUAAAUUGCUUUAGUAGCGGGAAAGAAAUAAAAUCUGAAAAAUGUGAACACUAUAAUUAUCACAAUUAUAUUCCAAUACCUAAAUAUGAUUUUCCAUUAUAUAAAUUAAAUUGGAGUGCAGAAGAAGAAUUAUUAUUAUUGGAUGGAAUAAGUAAAUAUGGUUUUGGUAAUUGGGAACAAGUCGCUGAUUUAGUAAAUUCUGUAGCUAAAAUUCCUAAAACAAAUAAAGAAUGUGAAACUCAUUAUUAUAAUUAUUAUUUAAAAUCUAGUUGUGCACCCUUACCUGAUAAUAAAAGAUUAUUAAUAAAACCAGAUGGAAGCCCAUAUGAUAUUGAACAUGUUAUAGAAAAAGAUAUAAACGAAAAUGAAGAUUAUGUACAAACAAAAAAUAAAAAAAAUACAAGAACACAAAUUAUUGGAUAUUGGCCAUUAAGAGGAGAUUUUGAUAUAGAAUAUGAUAAUGAUGCUGAAUUAUUAUUAGCUGAUAUGGAAUUUAAAGAAUCUGAUUUGCCUCAACAAAAAGAAUUAAAAUUACAAGUAUUAGAAAUAUAUAAUUCUAAAUUAGAUGAAAGAAUUUAUAGAAAACGAACUGUUAUUGAAAGAGGUUUAUUGGAUACGAAAUCACAAUUACAAAAAGAUAAAAAAAGAACAAAAGAAGAAAAAGAAUUAUAUACUGCUCUUAAACCUUUAUCUAGAUUCCUUUCUCCUCAACAUCAUGAAUAUUUUAUACAAUUAUUAUUAGAAGAACAAAAGUUGCGUCAGCGAUUAACAAAAUUACAAGAAUGGAAAACUUUGGGAUUGCAAAAUAUUGAGCAAGUGCAAGAAUAUGAAGUGGAAAAAAAUAGAAGAGCAAAAGAAUCAAUAAAACAACAACAAGAAAAUACUGAUAAUAAAGUAACAAAAACAUUUAAAAGUUCAAAAAAUGAAUAUAAAAUUAAAAGUGAAGAAUUAGAAGAUAAUAAUAAUAAUAAUGAUAAAAAAUUAAAUAUAGAAACAUUUUUAGCUUUAGAUUUGUUAAAUGAAAAAGAAGUUGAAUUUUGUAAAGAUAUGAAACUUCCAAUAUUGUUCUUUUUAUUAAUUAAACGAUUAUUAAUUAUGGAAGUAAGUAAUACAAAUAUUAGUAUGUUGAAAGACAUUAAUGAAUUAAAAUUAAAGGGAUAUAAGGUUGGCCAACUUUAUGAUUUUUUCCUAAGUUUUGAUUUAAACCAGAAAGAUGAAAAUCUGAUAAGCGAUAUUGCAGGUGCAGGUGCUGAUGAUAAUUUUGACGAUAAGUAUCCACAUUUUAAAAGAGGAGAAGAAAAAAAGAAGAGGGGAAGACCACAUAUUGAUUUUAGUUCACUAGAUGGAAUAGAAAAAAAUGAAAUGAAUGAUCAUAAUAUUGGAACAGGGCCAAAUACACAAAGCGGUAACUAUAAUAAUGCAAAUGGAUAUAAUAAUAAAAUCGAUAUUUCUAAAAAUUCAAUACAUAUAAAUAAUAUAGAGGACGAUAAUACCAAAUCUCAUUCUAUACAUAAUGAUAACUCCACAAAUUUAGAAACAAGUCAAAUUGUUGAAAAAAACGAUGAUGGCCAAUCUAAAAAUAAUGAUGAUACUAUACUAAAUGAUAAAAGUGAUAAAAAUGACAAAAAUGACAAAAAUGAAAAAAAUGACAAAGUUGAGAAAAAUGACAAAGUUGCCAAGGCUGACAAAGUUGAGAAAAAUGAUAAAAAUGACAAAAAUGAUAAAAGUGACAAAAAUGACAAAAAUGAUGAUGAUUUACAUUUAUCUGAAAAAAACAAUUCAACAUUAAAUGAGAUGAACGAAGAAGUCGAAGAAAUUGGCAAAAAAGGUAAAGAUAAAAAAAACAAAAAGGAUGAAAAAAAAAAUUCGCAAUUAUUAGAUACAUCAAAAACUAGUGAUUUAUUCAAUGGGUUGGAACAACAAAGUUCAAAUAACCAAGAAAAUUUAUCUGAAAAAAAAAAAAAAAGUCCCAAAAAAAGAAAUAGUAUAAAUGAAGAAAAAGCAGAAAAUACUAAAACCACAAAUGAUACAGAAAAGGAAACUACUAUGAAUUAUAAUAGUGACAAUGAUGAUGAUGAUAAUAAUAAUAAUAAUAAAAAAAAUAAUAAUAAAGGAAAAAAAAAGUCAAAUUUAAAAAAAAAAUCGAACGAUAUAUUUAACGAUACUAAUAACAAUCCAACUAAAAAUGUGCAAACUAAGAAGAAGGGAAAUGAUAAUAGUGUGACAAACGAAAAGGAGGGUUCUGCAUGUAGUACUAGUUUAUCUAAUAAUAUUAAUAAUAGCGAUACAUUAUUGAAUAAGGGUGAAAAAAAAGCAUCAACAAAAAAUGAUGAUUCUAUAAAUAUUACAAAUGGAGAAAUUAACGUAAAAAGAAAAGGUAGUAAUAGCAAAUUAAAGAAAGGUAAUAUUGAAUAUGAAUUAAAUGGAAAAGAUUCAAAAAAUAGUCAUAUAGAUAUCGAAAAUGAAAAUACAGUAGCAGAAGAUAUUUUUGAAUCUACUAUUGAUGUUGAUGAUAAAAUAAAAAAAGAUAAAAGAUUGGCUAGUAACAAUACUAUAGCAUCUACUUCAUCUAUACUAAGCAAAAAUGAUAAACAAAAAAAAAAUCUCAAAUCUAAAAAUGAUCAUAAUGUAAGUACAGAUAUUAUGUCAUCAUCAAGUAUAGAGUCAACAAAAGAUCGUGACAAAAAAAGUAAAAAUAAUGAUGAACCUUCUAAAAAAAAAACAAAUAAAAAAAGAACCCUUUCCAGUUUAAUAUUUAGCGCAAAAAAAGCCAUGAAAUUGUGA